AUGCCCGACCCGCCGUCGAAUUCUCCAAUCGAUCUUCGCGCACAUGUUCUCUAUGAUAAUUAUCAACGUAUUUCUGCUGAAAAAUCAUAUGAAAACUAUGAAAAACUGUGUGAAGCAAUAGGAAACGAAGCGAUUUCGAUUGAAGAAUAUGAGUCUUUGUAUAAUCAAUACCUCGAAGAAGAUGAACGAGAUCUCCCGAUGCCGGACGUUCGUGGAUGCAUUCUCUCCGAUGUCAUCUGUGGAAAAUCUGCUGAAAAAUCAAUCGACGAUUUGUGUGAAGCAUUCAAAGAUCAUAAAAUCGAUAAGGAAGAUCAUGAGUACUGGUACAAACGCUUUGAAAAUGGACACAUAUUCAAUCGUGUUGUGUUUACCGAUUUUCCGGAAGGUGUCUUCGGUGAAAUUGUGGAGAAAUGUGAUAUCAAAUCAUAUUUGAAUCUCCGAAACGUUUCACAUGGACUUCGAAUUGCCAUUGAUCAGUUGACGCCUCCGUGCAAUCAUAUCCAUAUCAUUUUCAAUAAUAUGGAGGUUGAUUGUGCAGAAGUCUAUGUAGAUCGAGUGAUUGCAAAAGGUGUACUCGGAGUAUUGGAACCUUUACUGAGAAAUCGGAAACUUCGUCUGAAAGAUUUCUGGUUUCACACGAUCUCUGGUUUUGAAGGGGCCCAUUUUUUGUGUACAAAGACCGUGAUCAAUCUACUCAACUCUUUGGAUCACAAAAUUCACGUGGAGAAUUUCUGGAUUUCAGCCGAGCCGAAGGACUUGAUGGACAUUUUACGGUGUUUGAAACCGGGAACACUCGAACAAAUAAAUAUUGCCGGAAGAUGUAAAAAUUACGAUAUCAACGAAAUUGCCCAAAUGGAUCAAUGGAAACAGGCGAAACAUCUCGAAUUGUCUGUAGUUGGAAACGGCUUCCCACCGAUGGAUCAUUUUCUUCAUUUUUCAACAAUUGAAUUUUCCGGAUCGAUUACUCUGCCAGAUAUAGUCAACCUCUGCAAGAGUGUAUCCAAAUGGCCCAACUUUGAACAUAUCGAAAUAGAUAAUGAGGAGGGGUUGAAUAAGGAAGAAGUGAAGAGAGUUCUGAAUCUUCAGCCAACUGCUUCUCCAGAAGUUUACACAAUUCCAAAUUCAAAUUUGUUCAUUCAGUUCGAGCGUGGGAAUUCGGAAAUGCUCAAAAUCUGCAAAAAUUAA